CCUUGCUCCAUACGGUCAUCGGCGCCUGUUGGCGUCCGGGUCGCAGACUCGCCACCGUCCCCGCCGUCAUCGAGCUGUAUCCCUCCCUCCAUCAUUCAAGCGCUGUAAUCCUCCCUCCUGCUAGCGCUGGACCCCCUGCCCCUUCCUCCACCAUGUCCGCCCUUACCCGCCUCCUCUCCCAACUCGCCUACUUCCUCCUCGUCCUCGUAAUGCUCAUGCUCACCGGCCUCUCCUGCGUCGCGCUUCUUAGCCAGGCGUUCCGGCAGUCGGCGGACAGGAAGCGCGGGUCGGACGCGUUGAUGAUCUUGGCGGCGUAUGUGAUUGUGGUCGUCGUAUCCUUGGUUCUGUGCUUCCAGCGCCGGAUCGCCGUUCGAAUGCGGCUCGCGCGAAUCUCGAAGGUGCAUAGGAUGCUGAGGAAGGGGGAUGUGCCGAGGCCAGUCUACCGCUACAUGACCGAAGAAUAUGUUCGGACAUGUCUUAUUGCACAUGAAUCCCUUCCCAAGGACGUCGUGCAUCCAGGAUGGGGACAACCAGGCGGCCCAUACGAAGGCAUCAACUUCCGCCGCGCACUCCUCGACACCAUACCUCGACUAGACGCCCUCGCACGCGUCGUCAUCCCCGCCCUGCCGCCCCUCCGCCCGCACAGCCGGAUGCUGCACCACUUCCGGUUCCUCCUCCCCCUGCUCACGAACCCGCGCGAGCCGAGCAUCCGCGUGGGGCCCGACGGGGCGGUCGAGUAUGGGGAGGUCGCCGAGGAGGAGCUGGUGACGGCGCUGCAUUGGUAUGAUGCGGCGGUGCAGAUUGCACGGCAUUCCGCACGCGAACCUACGCAAGAGGAGUUCGAGUCUGGGAUUCAGGCAUUAGAGGAGAUCAUGACGACGUGCGUGGGCUGUUUCUCUUGUUCGUACUUCCUGUUUGAGGUCAAUUGACGUGCAUCGUCAUCCCUCACUGCCGCUUUACAAACUCACGGCCUUAACGGGCCUCAUUCAGUCUUGGUCAUCUUGCACCUUCGUUGUUGUUCUUCCUUCAUGGUCAUCUCUACUCUCCUUGUCAAUGCUGUGCUUCUGACAGCAUCAACUCGAGGCUCAAGAGAUGCUCCGAUACGAGUUGAGGUGACACGACACUGACAUACCCUGGUCUCUAGAUUGCACGAAUGCGAGAUGGAGAUGUUUGAGGCUUCGGAGACGCAGUUGGUCGCGCCAUCGACGGUCGAAUCAA